AUGCCAACUUUCGAAGAGCCGCUAACAAUCGCCUUCAUCUACGACCCCAAAGCCCACUACCUCGAACGCGGGUACUCCGAGACCGACUGCGCCGACCUCGCCGACGAGGUAACCAUCAACGCAGUCUCUAAUGCGCUGCACAAGCUUGGACACAAUGUCGUCCACGUCCCCGGGAUAAAGCCCCUUGUCGGCCAUCUGGCCGCUGGCGAGCAGAAGAGUUGGGAUCUUGUGUUCAACUUUAGUGAGGGCGUUCGCGGGUCGGCGAGGGAGUCGCAGGUGCCUGCGCUGCUUGAGGCAUAUGGGGUCCUGUAUACGUUCUCGGAUGCGGCGACAUUGUCGAUGUGUAUUGAUAAGGCGAAGACAAAGAUGCUCCUAGAACACUACCACAUCCCAACAAGCCCCUUCGCCCUAGUCCCGCGCUACGGUCUCGAAGCCAACUACACCUCACUACUGAAAGGAAUCUCCUUCCCGCUCUUCGCAAAGCCCGUGGCUGCCUCAACCUCAAACGGGAUCCUCCCUUCGAACAAGAUAACGCGCCCCGAGGACCUCGAGAAAACAGCCGAGAAGCUCCGGAGCCAGUUCAAGUCCCAGGAAAUCAUGCUCGAGGAGUUCCUCGGCGGGACGGAGUACACCGUUGCGAUCCUGGGACCGAACGAUGCGCCGAGGGUGUUGGGGGCUCUGGAGGUUACGUGGUAUAACCCCGAGGGCGGGAAUGGAGAUGCGCAUGGUAAGGGUGGAGAGGAUGGAGGGGACUCGAUUGACUUCGCGACGUGUUUCUCGAAGGUUGGUCGGGGGCCAGGACAGGAUAUUGGGACUAUCCAUGCAGACUUGAAGGAUCCGCUCGUGAAGAAGGUUGCGGAUGUUGCGGUUUCGACGUAUCGGGUGUUGGGAUGUCGAGAUGGGGCGAGGGUUGAUGUUCGGUUGAGUUCGCAGAAGAACGGGGGUGUGCCGAAUGUUAUCGAGGUAAACCCGUUGUUUGGCCUGAGGGAUGACGUUUCCCUGUUUACUGUUAUCGCUCGGAAUAAUGGGAUGGAAUAUCAUGAGCUUAUUGCUGAGAUUAUAACCAGUGCUCGUCAACGACGGAAUGUCGAGGAUGGUGGGAUAAUAGGCUGA